AUACUGGCAACGUCUUUUUAUUUGUUAUUUUUUGUCAAUUUUUGAUUUUAAAAAUGGCUCCGUAUUACCCAGAAGAAGUGGACGUCUUUACAGAACCGCAUUCGCGAAUGAAACAAUUAGUAGAAGAUUAUUCGGAGAAGUUGUCAUGUACGGAUUUUUCUGAUGGAAAAGCUUUGGAAUCUCUUCUGCAUAGCCUGCAUCAUGCAUUUCGCGAAUUCAAAUGUCACGAAUACAUUGAAAAUAAGCUUAUAAUGAGAAAGUUGAAGGGAAGAUUGAUGUCUCUCUCCGUUCAAGAUGCAACGGUGUGUAAUUGUCAUUCGGACAAUCGCCUGUCAGACAUAUUGGAUCUUGUUCAAGACGGUUAUUCGUGUAGUGUCAAGACUGUCGCUGAAUGUAUUAAUUACGGAAUAAAACUUCAGCAUGCCGUGGAAGAAUUUACCGAUUUAUUUUUGCCUCAUAUGAGAGAAGAGGAAGAGGUAUUUCAGCCCAUGUUAAUAAAAUAUUUUGAAUAUGAAGAGCUGAAAAUAUUAAAAGAACAAGUUAUUAAAGAACAUGUUAAAUGGCAACUAUCUAACGAACAAGAAAAAUGUUCUGAGGAAGAGGAAACUGAUUCAAAAAAUGAACUUGCUGAGGAAGUGGAUCAAAACACAUUUUUAAGGUUGCCACCAGAAGUCAUAGUGAACAUCUUUUCAUUCUUACCAAUUCCCGAUCUUUUACGAUGUUCGGAAGUCUGCCAGAAGUGGAGUCAGUUUGUGUAUGAUCCUUCAUUAUGGAGAAAUAUUUAUCCCAUUCAUUGGGCUCGAGGAAAGUGGAACAUUACAGAAUUCGACCUAAUCGAACCUUAUCUUCCACUGACGAAUAAUUAUCAUUUAAAGAAUUAUAAGUUUCUCGAUGAAGAUGCAGACUAUGAUGAAUCCGGCGAUAAUGACUCGGACUGUAAUGUUGAUUGCGGAAGUGACGACUGCUCAUGUGCCGACGAAAUUAAAUCCAUCAAACGAGAAAAUAAAGUCCUGAAUUCGCUCGUUAAAUACCUUCUACCAAAAGUUGGCAUUGGCGUUCAUAAAAUUGUGUUGACAUCAUCCAGAGGACUUACAAGUAGUUUAUUGCAUUCAUUUCUUCUGCUUUGUCCCAAUCUCUCUUUUCUUGACGUAUCCUAUACGAAUAUUACUGAUUCUGCAUUCAAAGGCCUAAUCAAGACAAAUGCUUGCUUAAAUCUAAAGCAUCUUGAUUUAUCUGGGUGCUGUGAAUUAGGCGACUUGGGUUUAUAUCGUCUGAGCGAAUGCUUCUAUUCGGCAGAAAUAUACUCGUCAGAAAAUGCCAUUGGCGACAUAUGUGUUAAAGGAUCGUCAAGUGUUCGGAAAGGCGAUAAAAAGAAUAUAAAGAUAUCAAAGACUGCUUGCAUUCAGCAAAAAUGUUUACAGACAGACAUAUUAGAAGACAUUGUUUUGUGUGAAUUAGAAAUGUUAUCGAGACAGUGCCCGUUUUUUUCAGCCGGUUUGUGUUGUCAGAGCAUUGCUUGUGAUUCUCUCAAUACAUAUAAACAGAGAUCAGUUUAUUCAAGGACAAAAAAUUUGGAAGAAGUAUACAGGAAAAGGACGUUUCCCACAAAAUCAAAUUCCUGUGAAAGUGUACAGAUUGCUACUGGAUUAAGGUUUCUUAGUUUAUCUGGAUGUUAUCAGAUAACUGAUAAUGGUUUGAGAUACUUUGCUGAAAGUGGAAUCCUAACGCACUUGCAACACCUGGACGUGUCCGGCUGUUGGAACCUGAGUGGACCGGGUCUGAAAGCCGUCGUCUCGCUGUCUUCGAAUCUUCAGCCCGAAAACCUCUACUAUUGUGAUCACAUUCAAAACGGACCUUAUGCGGAAUCCGCCAACGGCUGUCAGAAUCUGGAGAGCGAAGUCAGGGCCUGUUGUUGCGGACAGCAAAGAUAGAAGGAAAUAUAUUGCUUUGUUGCAACGAAAACAGAUUAUUUUACAGUUACAUAAAGCUUUAUGUUCAAAAUAGUUACACAUCAGUUCUUAUAAUUGAAUCUUAUCUUGUAUUCACUCUUAAAAACAGUCUGGAAAAUACACAAUAGUUUUUAAUAAUAUAGCACAAUAAAAUAGAUCUAUGAAAUUUU